AUUCGAACACGCAAUAGCUUUUAGCUUCAUAGUUCAUACUUCAUACUAUGGCGGAAGCUUCCAACUUCCUAACAACUGAAAGGGUUGCAGUUGUGACUGGAGCCAACAAAGGGAUAGGAUUAGAAAUAUGUAGACAGCUAGCUUUAAAGGGGAUAGUGGUUAUCUUAACAGCUAGAGAUGAGAAAAAAGGGGAUGAAGCUAUUGAUAUGCUAAAGGAGUGUGGCCUCUCAAAUAAUGUCAUUUUUCAUCAGCUUGAUGUGACUGACACUUCAACUAUUGCAAAACUCAAAGAUUUCAUCAAGGCCAGGUUUGGCAAGCUUGAUAUCUUGGUGAAUAAUGCAGGAGUUCUUGGAGUGCUUAUGGAUAAAGAUGUUAUUAUAAGUCCAGAACAAGACUUAUUCUUUGAGAAGCUAAAGGUAGCAACUCAAACUUGUGAUCUAGCUGAAGAAUGCAUAAAAACAAAUUAUUAUGGGGCAAAAUGGAUGAUUCAAGAAUUAUUACCUCUACUUCAAUUAUCUGAUUCACCACGUAUUGUCAAUGUCUCUUCCAUGGCUGGACAGUUGAAGAAUGUUCGCAAUGAAUGGGCUAUAGGAGUGUUGAAUGAUUCUGAGAAUCUAACGGAAGACAAAGUGGAUGAGGUUUGGAAUGCUUUUCUCAAAGAUUUCAAGGAGGGUUUGUUGGAGAACAAAAAUUGGCCUCCAAAUUCAUCUGCUUAUAUCCUAUCAAAAGCAGCCAUAAAUGCCUACACAAGAAUAUUGGCCAAGAAACACCCAAAUUUUCUCAUCAACUGUGUUUGUCCAGGUUAUGUGAAAACUGAUAUAUGUUUAAAUUGUGGCACAUUAAGUGUUGAAGAGGGUGCUGAAAGUCCUGUUAGGCUUGCUCUUUUACCUCAAGGAGGCCCAUCAGGAAACUUCUUUAAUAGAAAAGAGCUCACCUUUCUAAUGAAAUUGGGAAUCUCAUGAGAUAGUUUGGUUUGCGCCUAUAUAUGUUGCUUGGACCUUUCAAAAUACAUAAAUUUUGAAAGAUCCGACUCAUGUCCCUCGAAAUUUUGAACAAUCUAACUAUCUAUGCAACAUAUAUAGGUUCAAAAACAAAGUUAUGCUGGACAUAUUUUAAUUUGUAAAUUGUAGUACAUAAGUUAAUAAUUGUUGGAUUAUUUAUUGCAUAUUUAUAUUUUUUUUUGUUAUUGCGAAUGUUUGGUUCAUUGAGUUAAAA